ACGAGGUUUUUGUUUUCGUGCGGUCGCCAGUGCGGAUUUGGCUCGUGUGUCUCUUCUACAGGGAAAACAGUUUUUACUUCCAAUAAAAGAUGGGUAAAUCCAAGGCACACCGUAUAAAGAAACUCACUGGACCAAAAUCGUCCUUUGACGAACAGCCGAACGAAGGCCGCGUGUCCAAGAAAGCAAAACAGCCGAAAAUCCGACUGCGCGCCGAGGAAGGCAACUAUGUGGACUCGAAAACGUCGAAGAGGAUUCUUGCCGUAGCUCGCAAACAACAGGCCGAGCUGAACUUCCUCGACAGCUCCUUUGGGCCGACGCCGCAAGAAUCAGCUGCGGUGAAGAAACGGCAACGAUUGGACGACAGAGGAUCCUCCGACGAGUCUGAUCUGGAGGAGCACGAUGAAGGCGAUAUCGAUGGAGACAAUUUGUUUGACGAUAUAAAAAUCAGCGAGGAAGAUGAGCGUGCGCUGCAAAUGUUUCAAAACAAAGAUGGCACCAAAACACGCACCCUGGCCGAUAUUAUCUUGGAGAAAAUGACUGAGAAGCAAACCGAAAUUCAAACACAAUUCUCCGACAAUGCGUCACUCAAGCUGGACGAAAUCGACCCGAACGUGCGCGAGAUGUACAAGGGCGUGCGGGAUGUGCUGAAGCGCUACCGUAACGGCAAAAUUCCGAAAGCGUUCAAGCUCAUCCCCAAGCUGCGCAACUGGGAACAGUUUCUGUACAUUACGGAACCGCAGCAGUGGAGUGCGGCUGCCAUGUUUCAGGCGACGCGCCUGUUUUGCUCCGGCCUUACCCAGCACAUGGCCCAGCGGUUCUACAAUCUCGUGCUGCUGCCACGUGUGCGCGACGAUUUGGCCGAGUACGGGCGGCUGAAUUUCUAUCUGUAUCGCUCGCUGAAAAAGGCCCUGUUCAAACCGGCCGCCUUUAUGAAGGGCAUCGUGCUGCCUCUGCUCGAGGCAGGCGAUUGCACGCUGCGCGAGGCAAUCAUCAUCGGCAGCGUGAUUAGCUGCACGUCCAUCCCGGUGCUGCACACGGCCGCGUGUUUGCUGAAAAUCUGCGAAAUGGAAUACUCCGGCGCGUGUUCCGUGUUUAUCCGCAUCAUACUGGACAAACGGUACGCCCUGCCGUACCGUGUGGUCGAUGCGGCCGUGUUCCAUUUCCUCAAGUUUGAGCAGGAUAAGCGGGAGCUGCCCACGCUGUGGCACAAAGCGCUGCUUACGUUUGCCCAGCGCUACAAGAACGACAUUUCCUCCGAGCAGCGGGACGCUCUGCUGCAUUUGCUGAAGAAAAAAGCCCAUCCCAAAAUCACACCCGAAAUUCGCCGUGAACUGCAGGCAGCCCAGUGUCGCGAUGUAGAAGUUGGCCAGAGCUUAGCGCUCGAAGGGGAGGUGGAAUUCGAGGAGGAUAAUGAUUACACACCCAUGGAGGACGAUGAAAUGGGUCACGGGUCACAGCGGGGAUCGAAAUCUGCCAGCGGACAGCAGCCCGACGAAAACAUGGAUAGCGAUGAGGACGACGAGGAUGACGAGGAUGACGACGAUGAUGAUGAAGAAGAGUUAUAGUUUGUAGGGAAGAGGGAAGUGAAAACCGUAUAAUUUGUAAUAAACUAAAAUUACUUCA